GCAACUAAAAUGUUGGGAGUGUUUACCCUUGUUGUUCCUGCUUCAUUUCUGAACACCAACGCCAUUCAAAUCAUUAUGUGUGAAGUGUUGCAAUUUACAUGCAAGACUUGAUUGACCAGUAGGCAAUAACGCUUAGUGGCAAUGUGACAAUAAGUAACUGUGAUAUUUCUGUGGUAACAUUAGUUUUCAUUCAAUUUCUGUGUUUUUGAACAUUUUUCAGCCUUAAGCUAGAUUCUUGUUCAAGUGGAACUAGGUAGUUACCAUCAAUUCAUAGAAGGAGCUUAAGUUGUCAGUGAGGAAGGUGGAGUUAAAAAUGUCUCACAGCAUGCAUCCACAGACUAAGAGAUACAGAAGAGAAGAGAGCAGCAAAUCGUCAGAUGAGGAGGAGGAUUUUGUAUUUGUUUCAGCCAAGGAGAGGAAGAAGCAACGUUUGAAGAAGCUCUUCAAAGGUGUUCAUGAAGCUGAUGGCAACAAGCAUCUUCAUGACGACCAAGAUGGCAAAGAUGAGGAGGAAGAGCCUGGAGAAGAGGAAGAUGCUCAAGACCUUGCACGCAAGAACAAUAUUUCACUCCUGGACCAGCACACAGAGCUGAAAAAGCUAGCAGAGGCACGCAAAGAGUCAGAGAUCGAGAAGCUACGACGUGAGGAACAGAAGCUUUUGGAAGCUGUGGCUGAGAAGCGAGCUCUCAUGGGCGUGGGGGAGCUGGCGCAGGGUGUACAGUACACGGAGUCUUUGUGCACCUCCUGGCGCCCUCCUGCCAGGGUUAUGGCCAUGUCAAAUGAAAGGCAUGAACGUGUGCGACGGAAGUACAAGAUUUUGGUGGAAGGCGAAGAUGUUCCUCCUCCUCUGAAGUCAUUUGCAGAUAUGAAAUUCCCUCCGGCAAUCCUUAAAGCGCUGGCAAAAAAGAACAUAGAAAAACCUUCCCCUAUACAGAUGCAGGGCAUUCCGGCCGUGUUGACGGGUAGAGAUAUCAUUGGUAUCGCCUUCACAGGCAGCGGCAAGAGCUUGGUCUUCAUCCUGCCGCUGGUGAUGUUCUGUCUGGAGCAGGAGACCGCACUACCCUUCCAGGAAGAUGAAGGGCCCUAUGGCCUGAUCAUCGUACCGUCCCGUGAGCUGGCCAAGCAGAUCGUGGAGAACGUGGAGUACAUCGCGCAGUUCCUGGUGGCCGACGGCCUGCCUGAGAUUCGUGUGUGUUUGGCUAUAGGAGGGGAGCCUGUGCCUGCCGCCCUCAGUGUUAUCAGGAGGGGAGUUCAUGUGAUGGUGGCCACCCCAGGCCGUCUCAUUGACAUGCUCGACAAGAAGAUGUUCAGAUUAGACGUGUGCAGAUAUUUAGUGAUGGAUGAGGCUGACCGCAUGAUCGACAUGGGUUUCGAAGAAGAUGUUCGCACCAUUUACUCAUACUUCAAAGACCAGCGACAAACUCUUCUCUUCUCUGCAACGAUGCCUAAGAAAAUUCAGAACUUUGCCCGUUCUGCGCUGGUGCGUCCCGUCACUGUGAACGUGGGGCGGGCGGGCGCCGCUGCCAUCAAUGUCAAACAAGAAGUCGAGUACGUCAAGCAGGAAGCUCGAGUGACGCACAUCCUGGCAAUGCUGAACAAAACACCGCCUCCUGUGCUCAUCUUCGCUGAGAAGAAACAAGACGUCGACCUCAUCCAAGAGUACCUGCUGCUUAAGGGAGUCUCGGCCGCAGCCAUCCACGGCGGCAAGGACCAGGAGGAACGCUCUGCUGCUAUCGAAGCCUUCAAGAGGUUAGAAAAAGACGUGCUGGUGGCCACCGACGUCGCUUCCAAAGGCUUGGAUUUCCCUGGCAUUAAACACGUCAUCAAUUACGAUAUGCCUGACGACAUCGAAAAUUAUGUGCACAGGAUUGGGCGUACCGGCCGGUCGGGAGCUAAAGGCGUUGCCACAACUUUCAUCAAUAAAACUAACGAAGAAAGCGUCUUGCUCGACCUUAAAGCUCUGCUUAUUGAGAGCAAGCAAAAGGUUCCUGAGUUCUUAUCUCUGCUGGGUGACGGCAAUGACUUCUUGGCAGCAUUCGACACGAGCACAAACGGCGGGGACGAAGCAGGCUGUUCGUAUUGUGGAGGCUUGGGUCACAGGAUCACCGCGUGCCCGAGGCUUGAAGCGAUGCAAAGCAAACAGGCUGCAGGCAUCGGCAGGAAAGAUUAUUUGGCUAACAAUGCUGCAGAUUACUAACCACGUGGCAGCUUUACCUUAGCCAUGCAUCGCUCGAGAUUGCAUACGAUUAUAGGACUUAUUUGUAAAUAAACUGAGGAAAAUUACUGUUCCUAGUAUAAAGUUUUUUUUCAAUAUUUUAUUGAAUUGUGAUGGUUAUUGAACAAAUUUAUAAGCCCAUCACAACGCGUUUAUACUCAGAUAAGUGAUAACGAGAACAUCAAUAAGUUGCUUAAUACCACAUUUAGAAUUUGAUCCACAGUCUCGUAGUAAAAUAUCAUCAAAGAAGAGUA